UUCGUCAGUGUCUCCCUCAUUCUGCCUCCCUUCUGCCUGCAGAUUGGAGGAACGAGGGAGCGGGGGAGGGCCAAGUGAGAGGAGAGUUGCGAGGCAAAACGGCUGGUCACAUGAGCAGAGAUCUGUUUACAAACCCAAGGCAAGAGCAAGGGGAGGAAGGGACGGGAACGGCAAACUGCAGGCUCUCUCUGAGCACCAUUAUGGACUGAAAGAGGAAGAGGGGGAAGCCUGCCACGACAAAGACAGCUGGAGGUGGGACAGACACACAGACACACUUGUGCACACACAACGCCUUUGUCUCUGAUUUUUUUUUUCUUUCUCCCCCUCAACUGAAGGAGCAGAUGGUUGGAGGAAGAGUAGGACUCCCUCCCCUCCACACAUUCACAAACAUACACUCGUGCACUUGCUGACACACAAACACACACUCACCAGGGACACACCGAACCCAACCAGGGGGUUGUUGACGACCGCGCAGAGCUGUCCUGACUUUGUUUGGUCUUUGAAGGAAGUGAAUCUCAGCCUGUGACUGUGAAGGAGGAGGACCAACCACUGCAAGAUCUGAGGAGUGGAGGAGGAGACAACAGAGGACAGGAGUGGGGGAUGAGACUGGUGAAAAUCCUGGGUUACAAAAAGCAGCUUUAGGCAGAAGACAAAACACAGACUAAUGCCUGAUGAUUAGCCUCGGUGGAAGAGGACGGUCAUUUUGAAUGGUGGACGUCAUUGAGCUGAGUGAGAGGAAGAACCUGACGAGACAAAGUGAAGUCACAGAGGCCUCUGCUCUGCUGGAUAUGAGCACAUGAGGUCUCGGUGCUGGUCCAAACACCAGUCCUAACAUCUCCCAAUCAUUGCUGCAGAGUGAUUGAUCCAGAUUUGAAAAUCGAUCGGCAGCACGGAGCUCAUCUGACAACGCUGCAGCUUCCAGGAAGUUGUGGAAUCUGAGCAAACUGAAACCAGCACGGUUGUUGUUUGGAGGCGUGAGAAGAGCAGCAUAGGAGCAAUCCAGGUCGAGGUGAAUCAAGGCGCCACACACAUUCAGAAUCUGGAGCUCUGGCCCUGGAGCUUGGCUGUCAUCCAGGCUUCUGCUGACAGGGCCUGAAUUUACUGCUGCUGCCCUGGGAGUCAAAUUUCAUGCAACUAUUCCAAUGGUGCAACGGAUGCCUAUGUGGUUUGGGUUCUCAGCACUCUAAACACUCCUGCAGCAUGACGUCUGACAUCUAUAACCUCCCGCUCAAUGUCUAUGUCAUUGUGCUGGGCAUCGGCCUCUUCGUCUUCAUGCUCAGCCUCAUCUUCUGCUGCUACCUGUUCAGACUCAAACAACAAGGAACCAGGGAACAGUUCAGCUACAAUGAGGUGGUGCUAAAGGGAGCCAGCAAGAAACUGAGCCUUCUAGGACAAACCUGUGCCGUUUGUCUGGAAGAAUUCAGGACCAGAGACGAGCUGGGAGUCUGUCCGUGCUCACACGCAUUUCACAAGAAGUGCCUUCUGAAGUGGCUGGAGAUCCGCAGCGUUUGCCCCAUGUGUAACAAACCCAUCCUCCGGCUGCACAAUGACGCCCCCCAGGGGGCUGAGGGUCCCAUGGAUCCAGAGGAGGUGUGAGGUACCAGGGAUAAGGAGAGGUGGUCACAGACUCCCCCUAGUGAGAAACAAAAACAUACACAUUAAACACACUAGGGAUGAUGGACAGAGGUCAUCGUUGCAGACAUCCCACAGGACAUGUGGAAACUGAUCCCGAACUGAAUCAGCGACUUUGGAAUUAUAAAGUGACAGCACACGGAUGACGGAAGAUCGAUGGAUGAUUUUCAUUAAUCAAUGCUCCUGGUUCAUAUUCCAUACGGCACUGUUCACAUGACCAAGCAGGAGGACGUGAUUGGACGACUCAUGCAGCACUGCCAGAGACAAAGAGACACAAAAUCACAAACCCCGCUGUGGGCCUGGAGCUGGAGACACAGAACAGGAUCAGACUGGUAACCUCUCAUAUCUCAGGGGUGUCACACACACACACACAUACACACACACAGCCAGCACAACCAUGCCAGUCAUUCUGUGAGUGUAAACCUGCACUACCACACACACACACACACACACACACACACACACACACACACACACACCUGCAGCAUCUUCACCACUGCCAACCUAGGUGAGAAGACAUCUCACAGUCUGCAGCUGAAAACCCAAGACCAGCGGGUAACACCACCACAACCACACGGACAACGAUGUUAACCAUGGUAACCGGGGUCCAGAUUCCAGAGGGCCGAGGUCGACCUGAAGAUUUUGGUUUUAUCUCCAGUUCUCUCUUACUGUCCCAUUGUCCCAGACUCCAUCAUUAGAAUUCUGAGAUUAUUUAAAUAAUUUGAACAAACAUUAGCAAAUUAGUAUGAGGAACAAUAUCAAAUAAAAUACACCAAACUGUCAGAAUUCUAAGAUUCACAAUUCAUAAUCUUAUUCUCAAAUCUUUGUUAAACAAUGACGAAAGAAGAAUUGUGUAAAAAUUAAGUCUGAUUUUUAGGGAGAAAAAAAAGGCACAAACUCCACACGUAUUUAAAGUGACAGUGAAUUCAAUCGUCGGAUCGAGUAUCAGAUAUAUUUAUACAUAUAUUUUAAAUAAUGUCAGAUUCUUUCAGAGAUGAGGUCAGAAUUCAGAGACUUGACCUCAAGAAAUGACCGUGACAUUAUCUUCAUCUUUGACUUUAAUGAUGACUGAACAUUUAAAAAAAAAAAGUCAGACUUUGUUCUCAUAUUGAGAAAUGAGCCAGAAUUUUAGAACCAAGGUCAAAAUGUGUACCUGCGGCUGAAAAUAAAUCAUACUUUUCUGACCUUUUUUAAAUUAUAAUAUUGACCUGAACAACACGGUGCAAAACUUUUAGGCAGGAUGAA